AUGACUUACUUGGAAAACAAGAAUCUUUUAGACGAACGACAAUUUGCCUUCCGUAAAGGAAAAGGCACCGGGGCCUACUUCAGUAAUCUGGCUGAACUAUUAGAUCAAGCCUUGAAAGAUGACCUGCACAUCGAUUUAGCCGCACUAGACAUAUCUAAGGCGUAUAACCGUGUCUGGCGACAUGGGGCGACAAGGAGCUUCAGCGUUGCUGUCGGAAGUGUACUUUCAAAAGAAUUCGAAGAACAAAACGGUGUCCCACAAGGAUCGGUUCUUGCAGUGAGCCUGUUCCUGGUUACUAUGCAAUCUGUUUUCAACGUAGUCACAGAAAAUGUGCAUGUCUUUGUCUACGCCGACGACAUUCUACUUGUCGUCAUUGGACGUACCCCCGGCCUGUUACGAAUCCGCUUACAAGCUGCCGUUAGAGCGGUUGCCAAAUGGUGUGCGACAGUUUGGUUUUCAAAUGGCGUUGGAAAAAUGUUCAAUCUCACAUAUCUGUAA